AUGUCGGCCGAGGAGAUGGUGCAGAUCCGCCUGGAGGACCGCUGCUACCCGGUGAGCAAGAGGAAGCUUAUCGAGCAGAGCGACUACUUCCGCGCCCUCUACCGCUCCGGCAUGCGCGAGGCCCUGAGCCAGGAGGCCGGCGGCCCCGAGGUGCAGCAGCUGCGCGGCCUCAGCGCCCCGGGCCUGCGCCUGGUGCUGGACUUCAUCAACGCCGGCGGGGCCCGCGAAGGCUGGCUCCUGGGCCCGCGGGCGGAGAAGGGCGGUGGGGUGGAGGAGGAAGAGGAGAUGGACGAGGUGAGCCUGCUGGCGGAGCUGGUGGAAGCGGCCUCCUUCCUUCAGGUCACGUCUCUGCUGCAGCUGCUGCUGUCCCAGGUGCGGCUCACCAACUGCCUGGAGCUGUACCGCCUGGCGCAGGUGUACGGACUGCCCGACCUGCAGGAGGCCUGCCUGCGCUUCAUGGUGGUCCACUUCCACGAGGUGCUGUGCAAGCCCCAGUUCCACCUCCUGGGGGCUCCUCCUCAAGCCCCCGGCGAUGUCAGCCUGAAGCAGAGGCUGAGAGAGGCCCGGAUGGCCGGGACUCCCGUCCUCGUAGCUCUGGGGGAUUUCUUGGGGGGACCCCUGGCCCCUCACCCCUACCAAGGGGAGCCCCCGUCCAUGCUCAGGUAUGAGGAGAUGACUGAACGUUGGUUCCCGCUGGCCAACAACCUUCCUCCCGACCUGGUGAACGUCAGGGGUUACGGGUCCGCCAUCCUGGACAACUACCUCUUCAUAGUGGGCGGGUAUAGGAUCACUAGCCAGGAGAUCUCGGCUGCGCACUCCUACAACCCCAGCACCAACGAGUGGCUCCAGGUGGCCUCCAUGAACCAGAAGAGGUCUAACUUCAAACUUGUGGCUGUUAAUUCAAAACUCUAUGCCAUUGGUGGGCAGGCCGUUUCUAAUGUUGAGUGUUACAAUCCUGAGCAGGAUGCCUGGAAUUUUGUGGCACCCUUACCAAAUCCUUUGGCUGAGUUCUCUGCGUGUGAGUGUAAGGGAAAAAUUUACGUCAUUGGAGGAUAUACCACCAGAGACCGCAACAUGAACAUUCUGCAGUACUGCCCCUCGGCCGACAUCUGGACCCUCUUGGAAACCUGUGAUGUCCACAUUCGCAAGCAGCAGAUGGUAUCUGUUGAGGAGACCAUCUACAUCGUGGGCGGCUGUCUGCACGAGCUGGGACCCAACCGGAGGAGCAGCCAGAGUGAGGACAUGCUCACCGUGCAGUCCUACAACACGGUCACGCGACAGUGGCUCUACCUCAAAGAGAACACGUCCAAAUCGGGUCUUAACUUGACUUGCGCACUUCACAACGACGGCAUCUACAUCAUGAGCAGAGACGUGACCCUGUCCACCAGCCUGGAACAUCGAGUUUUCCUCAAGUACAACAUCUUCUCAGACAGUUGGGAAGCAUUCAGGCGUUUCCCAGCCUUUGGACACAACUUGCUGGUCUCCUCUCUUUAUCUGCCCAAUAAAGCAGAAACAUGACUGAACUGACUUAGGAUUUAAAAGAAACCUGGUUCAAGGCAGAAAAAGAAAAAAAAA